AUGUCUGUUUCGGCAGGAGACGUAAUACGGAUCGCUGGCCUUGCGUGGGAAAUAUACCGCUUGGGAUGGGGAGAAGAGUUCGAUGCAAGCCAGCAAUAUCAAGAAUUCGGGAGUGACAUCAAGAGCCUUGCCGAGAACUUGAAUAACAUAGCCAGAGUCGUCGAGAAUGCCAGAGCAACAUGGGCGCAAGAGUCUCUUCGAUUUGCAAGAUCUCGAGGACCCCUUCAGCAGAGAGACUGGGACUUAUCGUCCUUGAACGAAAUCAUCGGAGAUUAUCAGAAAACGCUGAUCGAAUGUAGAAAACUUCUGGAGGAAAAUUAUGAAUUCAGAAAAAGCCGAAAUUUUGCUUACAACUUCGAGUGGAAUCUUGUGAUCCAGCCGAAAGUAGAUGGACUUCGCAGACGGUUGGAAUCGCACAAUGCGAAGAUUGCUAUCCUGCUGAAGCCUUUGGAGUUGAACCUCUUAUCCGAAAUCCAUCGAGAUCUGGCGGAUCGAAUAGACGCGGUUCACAGAAGCAUCCUGCACCUUCAGGGUCUACUGAUACCAGAUGUUGAACAAGCUCUCUAUGAACAGGCGAGGAGUACAGGUGCCAUUGUUUUGGUGGUUCCGUUGGAAAUUGAAAGGAAGUUUCAGCUCAGUGCAGAAAGAAUUCAUCCAGAAAUGAGGUUCCCAGGACAAUUUCCUCUCAAAGCCGGAGCAGAUGCCUUUAUAGCGCAUUUCAGAGAAAGCACGAGAAACUUCACGGCAGGAAAUUUCCUCAAUGAGCGCACACCACUUCCCAAGCAAUAUCUGGCUCUCCUCAAAUGUAUCUGGAUCAUCAGGAGCCUCCUUCAAAGCAGCCGAAUAAGAGAAGUUCCUCAAGAUUCUCAAUGGCCAGGCUAUAUCCGGCAGUUGAAUGAAGACGUGUCAGUAGAAUCCCAGCGAUUCACUGCUCCAUCCGCUCAAAGGCUUAUCGCGCCAAAUUUGAAUGUCCUAGUGCAAGACGAUGAAUACAGCAUCUGGCCGGCAGAAAACAUCGCUGAGCAUAUAUCACCUCAUUCUGAGGUUUUUCUAGAGGAAGUAAUGAAGAUUCAGUUGCCAGCACCAUCACAAUCUCUUCAACGAGAGAUGACAGUCUACCGACUAGAACAAUCGAAAUUCCGGUUGGUCGAGUCCAUAGAAGAAAGAGGCAACCAAGGCGCACGGCGACAAGAGUUCAAAAUGGACAUUGAUCUGAAGACCGUCAAUUUGACGCCGCUGUACGCCACACCUAGCUCUCGGCAGAAAUCACUGGAGGUGCUUAUAAAUUCGCCAAGUACACAGAUCCAACCAACUUUCCAAGACAUAAAACAAACUUUACGGUUCCAGCAUCUUCUCACCGGCUAUAAGGUGUACGAAAGAUACGACCAGGCUAUGGUCACGGUCUCAUUCUUCGUGUCUGAUCAGAAAGCGCCGAUAGUUGAACAUGGAAGGCUCCAGUUGUGGUUACCGCAGCCAUAUGGCUCUGGUACCUCGUCAUCAACAACUUCCGUUGCGCCAAGCACAGCUCAAACUCCCGCCAACAUGAGCCAGACGACCUUGAACACUGCUAUGGGUUCUAUGUCAUUGGGUAACAGGCCCGGGGACAGAUCGCCUCUGAGUCCGCAAGCACCCAGCAGAGGUCCUAGUCCGUUUGAGAGACGACCAAACGAUACAGGCAGAGGACCUAGUCCAUUUGAUAGAAGACCAAGCGACACAAGCAGCCGAUCGGCUACUCCGUCACAGGAAAAUGUAGGUUCAAGUCGAUAUAGCAUACGCUCUUUCUCGACUCGAAACCGAAACCGUACGCCAAGCGUAAUGACAAGUAUGACGAAUUCAAGCUCAAUGUCGCGAAGUACCGUUUCUUCGAUCACGACAGUGAGCACAGGUACAGGCAAAGCACACCUGCAUCACAAGCCAUCGAAGCCAUUGCUAGUGAUCUUCUUGAAGAGCCAAGAUUCUUCUGCAAAACUUGCGCUCGCUGCGAUUCAAAUCGAUGACAAGACUGAGGUCAAACGAGAAAGAUGUCAGUGUCGGACAUCAAAUAGCAAAUGCAGAAUUUCGUGCAUCGAAAGAUCUGAUGGUUUCUUGCAUGCUCAGCGGUGGGAUGCUGACCAAGGACUUAUGAGCUGGAAUCUAGCUCAGGUAGGAACAGAACAGAGGAAAGAUCUGCCGGCAAAUGCUUGGAACAAUGUGAAGCGUGUAUCAAUGAGCUUUGAUUGCUUGGAAGACAGGUACAAAUUCAGCGGAAGUCCAUGUUCUUGCAAGCCAAAGAUGGCCCAUGAUCAGGCAAGAUGUAUCCUCGAAGGACAUCAUGGCAUCUUUGGUGUUGUUAAACAAAUAGGAAGCCAAAGGUUGAAAAACUAUCACGAUCAGCGCGAUCAAUCCACGUCGAGGAACAUGGUCCUUGGAUCUUUGCCUGAAGACGAGCAAGACAACAUACCAACUGGUUCAAAUUAUCGAUAG